CGUCACGUGACGUCCCGCCCCGCCACAGCCACCCUCGCUGUUAUGGCCGCUCUGGGGAAAAAGAAGCCCAAGAAGGGUAAAACCGUCAGCCUGAACGACUUUCUGGCUGAAGAUGCAACUGCGGGAAGUGUAUUUGUGCCACCAGUUCGACCGGUCAACUGGGCAGAUGAAACUGAAGAUUUUGAAGGAGAAGUGUCAACGGCCUGGCCUGCUGAUGAUGGUGUGUACAAGCCUUCAGUGGAUCGUGCACUGCUGCCCACUGCCCCACGUGCUGCCCGUGCCCCCAGUGUGGACAUGGCACGACUGCCCGCCAAACCACCUUACACCGCUUUCCUUGGCAACCUGCCCUAUGAUGUGACCGAGGAGUCAAUUUUCAAAUUCUUCACAUGGACUCAAGGUUUGUUCCAAGUUUUUUUUUUUCUGGCAGCUUGCUUGUGUUCAGGAAGGAGUGUUUAAAAUGAUAUUUGUUUCCUCAGCAGGAGGUUUAGCUUGGAGGAAAUUACAAUUGCUGAUGAGUUUAGGAAAAUAUAACUUGAUUGUACCGAAAUAAAGAUGCACCUUUAAAUAAGUGAUUUAUUUAUUAUCUGAGAGAAUAUAUGUAAAGUAGGUAUAUAUUAGAAUCGUAGCCUUUAUAUAUGAAAACAACCACCAGGGGUAUCUUUAUUACAAUUACUGGGAAAUGCCUUGUGCUUAUCAAGUAAAAAAUAGACUAUCGUUUUUUGCCCCCCCAAUGCAAUUUUUAAUACAUUAAAGAAGCGACAGCACAAGAGCUCACACUAGGUCACCUCUAAUGCAUGUAGUUGUGUUUAAAAUAUCUCUGAAUGUACCAAUCCUCCCCACUGAGCAUAUAGCACUGCAAUCCCUGGGUAUUUUAUAUGCAUUAAAAAGAAAAUUCCAAAUGUGAAAAGUUUUAAUAGAACUCUGUUUCAGGUCAGUGCUGUACGCUUGCCACGUGAAGCCAGCAACUCUGACCGGCUCAAGGGCUUUGGGUAUGCUGAAUUUGAUGACAUUGAGUCUCUCAUGAGGGCUCUGGCACUUAAUGAUGAAAUGUUGCGGAACAGAAGAGUAAGAGUAGAUAUAGCUGAUCAAACACAAGACCGAGAUGACCGUGGAGGUUUGUCACGUGACCGGGACUGGAGCCGUGAUGACAGAACAGAUAAUGACUGGCGGUCUCGAUCCAAUAACAACAACGUCGAUGACUUCCCACGCCGAAACGGGGACCAAUAUGGAGAUCGUGAUCGAAUGUCGAGCUGGGGCCGAGAUCGUUAUGAGCCAGAUCGAGAGCGAUUUAGAGAUCGGGAGCGCUCAUUUGGGCCGCGACGAGAUGUGGAUCAUUACCGGGACAGCCAGGACCGUUAUGACGAUCGUGACAGUGGUUAUGAUGACAGGAGGAGCAGCGAUCGGGGCUCAGACUUCAGAAGUGGACGCCGGCCCUUUGGAUCUGGUUUCCGAAGGGAGAGUUAUGAUGACCGACAUGAUGACUAUCGAGGAGAUCGCUAUGGUGACAGAAGAGAGGAGCGCUUUGAAAGGAGAGGAGAUUACGGGCGGAGGGACGAUUAUAUCAGGGAGGAGAGAGGUCCUGUACAACGGCCCAAGCUCAACCUGAAGCCGCGGAGUACGCCCAAGGAGGAGGGCGUGCCGCCACCUCCUGCACCUGCCACUCAGAAACUGGCCUUCAUUUUUGGUGGUGCCAAGCCGGUGGACACCGCAGCUCGUGAGAGGGAGGUGGAGGAGAGACUCAAGCGUGAACAGGAGGAGAUGGAAAGGCGCCUAAGUGAACAGGGGCGCCUCGGAAAACCCGAGUGGAUCCAGAGGGAGAGACAUCCCAGCUGGCGCAGCGAUGACGAUCGUUUGGAGCGGCGCCCCACCAGUGACACCUCGGAGACCGGCCGUUCAUCUCGGGGAGCCAGUGCCACAAGCAGUGCAUCUGCCAGGGGCCCACGGGUCCGUAAAGAGAGUGAUGUGUCUGGAGAUAAUGAGGUAUUUACUCGGGAAGAUAGACCUCUAUCACCGGCCACCCGACCCCCUCGCCAGCCAGAACAGCAACCGCAGCAAUCAAGCCAGCAGAGAGAGCUGCCGCAGUUAGUGCCACAAGCGACACCACAGACGGCCGCUAAGUUGGUGCCCGCUCCACCACCCAAGGAGAACGCUUGGGUCAAGCGUUGUGGAUCUACAAGAGUUGGUCCUACUUCACCCACGCACCAUGGUGCCACCACCGAACACCUUUCAGAACUGCCACUGUGCCAGGAGAAAACACAAGCACACAAACCGGCUAACAGUGUACCUUCCAACAAGAUGCCUUCCACAGCAACAUAUUCUCGUGGAGUUGCUGCAGACAAGGACCUAAAACUAUUGCCAGAUGGCAGCAGGACAACCAAGCUCAACGAUGAUUUUGAAGGGAAGCCAGACGCCACUACUGGCCGCACAGAGAAAGCCGGAGUGCGAGCCAAGAACAACCUGAAUCGUGGUAAAGGCCGAGGACGUGGCAUCAUUGCUGUCAAAAGAGACCCUGACAGAAAGGAGAGCCGGAAAGAGAGAGAGUCGCAACUGAUCGAAACAAAGAAAUACGAUGAGCCUGAGCCACUGAGUUUCAGCUCUGUCAGCAAGUUUUCUGCACUGAGUGUGGAUGGAGACUUGGACUAUGAAGACUGAAUUCCUCUCAUUGUCCCACACACACACUGAUGUAUGCUGUUCCUUAAUGAGGUGCUACUUCAUUGUUUGCUUUUUUGCGAAAGCAGUCUGCAAUGUGUGUGGGACUAUUUCAUGCAUGAUGUUCUGACUCUUGAAAACCAAUGUUGUUUUCCAGUUUUCAUGUCCUUGAAAGACAUUUGAUUACGUGAGUUUUCUCUCUCUUAAUUCUUAAUAGGCAGUGUGUGCCACAGCUGUAAUUUUGCUUGGCUUUGUUCGACUCCAACGGUGAUGCGGUCAACUGAAAGCUGUUUGAAGACAGCGUUGAAGAGCAUAAUGUAUCUGUUAAGAGAUCCGUCAUUACAAAUUUAACUGCUAUUCCAAGUGCAUGAUUUCAGCAUACGUAAAACUUGCAUGUUUUGUAGAAGAGCUGGCUUUUGGGCAAGACAUGCUUAAAAUAUGAAUAGAUAAUAUAUUUAUUGUUGUGGUCUUGCAAUCAAAUACCAUAGGGGACAAAGUAAAUUCUGUGGCCAUGCUGUAAUUAUCAUUAAUGUCAAGCUUCAACAAACAGCAGCUAUUGCCCACGAGCUAAUGGUGUUAAAUCACGAACAGACAUGGCAAUUCUUGUACAAAUGUACUGUAAACUGUGCAGUCAGCAAAUACCUUAAUUCAUUGAUGCGUAUAUAGCCUAUUGCAAAAAAACAAACUUGCAAUAAAUGUUUGUAUUUUA